UGCAACUCUCUCUCUCUCUCUCUCGUGGAGGUCUGUAAGGACCAAAGAAAGUAAGGCAUAAGAGGAAGAAGAUCGGGGUAAGGUUUCAGAAAGAAGCAAAGUAAUAGUACACUGGUUUUGACUUGCAGAGUAUUGAGUUUGGUGUUUUCUGAUUACGCCUCCAUCCACAAGUUUGAAGCACAAUAACAGAGGUAUCAUGGACACAAGAUCCAUAAGAUGUCUGGUUAACAGCAUUUCUCGGUUCAUUCAUCUGGUAGCCUGCCAGACAGUCAAAUCUGUGCCUAUGCAGAAGGAUUACAAGUAUAUGGUGGCUUUAUUGAAACUUAUGAAGCCUGUGCUUGAUGAUGUCGUUGACUAUAAAGUGCCAAUGAAUGAGUUUCUACUUAAAGAAUGUGAGGAAAUGGACAUAGCUGUUAACGAGGCUAGAGAAUUCAUGGAGAAGUUGUCUCCAAAGAUGAGUAAGAUAUGCAGUGUUCUAGAGAGUGAGCUACUGGCAACAAAAAUCCGGGGAUCUUCAGUGGAGAUUUGCCACAUAUUGUGUACAUUGCCACAGUCAUCUCAAUACACUUCCCUUUUAGCUCAUGUUCAGCAAUGUCUGCGGGAGAUACAGUGUUUGGAGCAGGAGAAAAUAUCAGAACUCAUAGAAGAGGCUAUGAUAGAUCAAAGGGACAAUGUCAUCCCUUGCACUGAGAAUCUUAUAAGAAUUGCUGAGAUACUUGGUUUUACAUCAAAUCAUGAGUUGUUGGAAGAGAGUAUAGCCCUGGAAAAGGAGAGAGUGAAGGCCCAAUUCAAGAAAAAGGAUGAGUUAGACCAUAUCGAUGAGUUAGACCAUAUCGAUCAGAUUGUAUAUCUUGUUGCUCAUAUUCGUGAUAGCAUGGUCAAACUUGAGCCUUUCGCAGCAAUAAAUGGUGUAGCCGUGCCUCCAUAUUUUCGCUGCCCUCUGUCAUUAGGACUGAUGUUGGACCCUGUGAUUGUGGCAUCUGGUCAGACCUACGAGAGGGCUUUCAUCCAGAAGUGGCUUGAUCAUGGGCUGAUUAUAUGCCCCCAAACCCGUCAAACUCUUAGACAUACAAAUGUCAUUCCAAAUUACACUGUCAAGGCUUUGAUUGAAAAUUGGUGUGACAAUAACAACAUACGGAUUUUCAAUAAUGUUGACUGCAACAAUAUCUCAAGCCCAUCCUUGUCUGAUCAUGCAUCCCAUCAAGAUUUCAUCCGCACUGAUAGUUUCCGUAGUUCUCUUAACAGUAGCAUUUCUACUUCAAGGUCCUCUCUUGGAGUCGGAAAUGGAUCUGAGAUUCAAAGGCUUGAGGUCUUUUCAGGUUUGGGUGAGGACAGCAAUGGAAGUUGCAGCAAGUUAACUCCAAAAUGUGACCAACUAUCCCCAGAACAAUCAUAUAAUCACAGCCGGACUGAAUCUGUGUCAAGUGCCAUUUCUAGCAUAGAAUAUAUGCCCACAGCUUUGACUACUGGUCUUUCUGAAUUAUCAAGGGUAUCAAGUAAGCAUGGGGAUGCAACUGAGUUGUCUGGAGAAAUCACAUCCAAAUGCAUGUUUUCUUCUCCUUCAAAUAGAAGUUCAGGGUUUUCCCCAUGGUUGUCAGGGAAACAAUUCUACAGUUCCAAAACUAGGGCGGAAGGGGCUGAAAAUGGAUGCAUUGGCCAUUGCCGUACUCCUUCUCUUCCAUUUUCAGAUUCUAGUUUGGAUGAGUUGACCACUUCAUCUCAUGUGGAGAAACUGGUUGAGGAUCUAAAGAGUCACUGCAACGAAGUGCAAACAGCAGCUGCAGCAGAGCUGCGGCUUCUUGCAAAGCAUAAUAUGGAGAACCGUAUCAUUAUUGCCCAGUGUGGGGCUAUUGCCCCAUUGAUUUCAUUGCUCUAUUCAUCAGUAAAGCUGUCCCAAGAGCAUUCCGUUACAACCCUAUUGAACCUAUCAAUCAAUGAAGACAACAAGGCCAUGAUUGCAGAAGCAGGAGCAAUAGAACCACUCAUACAUGUCCUCAAGUCAGGAAAUUCAUGUGCAAAAGAGAAUGCUGCUGCAACUUUGUUCAGCCUCUCUACCUUGGAAGGGUACAAGAUAAAGAUUGGCCGUUCUGGUGCAGUAAAGGCCUUGGUUGACCUUCUGGGAUCUGGGACCAUCCGAGGGAAGAAAGAUGCUGUUACUGCCUUGUUCAAUUUAUCAAUCUGUCAUGAGAACAAGGCAAGAAUAGUGCAAGCUGGAGCAGUUAAAUAUCUUGUUGAGUUGAUGGAUCCAGCCACCAAAAUGCUUGACAAGGCUGUUGCUCUUCUUGCAAACCUAUCUACAAUUCCAGAGGGGUGCUCAGCAAUAACUCGCAACGGUGGUAUCCCACCAUUAGUUGAGGUUGUUGAAACAGGGUCCCAAAGAGGAAAAGAAAAUGCCGCUUCCAUCCUGUUGCAGCUAUGCAUUAAUUGUCAUAAAUUCUGCAGCCUGGUCCUGGAGGAAGGAGCUGUACCACCUCUUGUUGCAUUAUCUCAGUCUGGUACACCAAGAGCUAAAGAGAAGGCGCAACAACUUCUCAGUCAUUUCCGGAACCAGAGAGGAGGGACUAUGAGGAAGGCAAAAUCAUGAUCCAAAGAUAGGAAUUUUGUUAUUCCCAUCCAAAUUUUGGUCUUCACGGGCUUGGCGUUUUCUUGCAACGGCAUGAUCAUCACCAGCCGCUUGUUUGAUUCUCCCAUAAGAUGUUCUAACUCCACAUUGUCUCAAAGCGAUGGAUCUGAAAUAUUCUUUUCUAUUUAUAUGCAGUAGAUGAAAUUUACACAAUUAUACAACAAUGGUCGUGAUGGAUAAGAAUUGCAGAUUUUAGUCAAGAUUUGUCGAGGAAGUAGAUGGUUUAUCGUGAACAGAAGUAACCUUGAUUUGUGAUAUAGUAACUCAAACUUCAAUGUGGUUGUAUUUCAGAAAUGUGUAUAUGAUGUAAUUCCGUUUGUCGUAUGUUGUAUAGCCAUGGUAUAUAGGCAUUCCUAUUCUGUUCACCACUGCAAGAAAUUUUAUGAUUUCUGGAUUGUGUUGCUUA